CACGCACACACACACACACACGCACACACACACACACACACACACGCACACACACACGCUACUCCCAGAACAGCUCAAUCGAAGGAGAUUCCUUGCUGUUUUCUCAUUUGAAGGUUUUGCUGUCAGUCUCUGACCAGCGGGACUCCAGUCAGGGGGGAUGGAGGCUGUGGCCAAGUACGAGUUCAACGGAGCUGGAGAGGAUGAGCUGAGCUUCAAGAAAGACGACAUCCUUAAGGUAACUCGGAGAUCAAUUCACUCUCUGAACUGGAAACUGGAUAUUUUUUCCCUCAGGCAUGAGGAGGACGUUCAGCAUUUUAAGGUGCUGCGCGAUGGUAAAGGACACUAUUUCUUGUGGUCGGAGAAAUUUGACUCCCUGAACAAGCUGGUGGAAUAUUACAAAGUCAGCUCGAUCUCCAAAACAACACAGAUCUACCUGCGGGAGUCCAAAAAAGAAACAAAGGGAGGUUUUAGUCAUCCUGACUCGCGCAUGGCAAAUCCACGAAUGAUGAGCUCUCGAAUGUCUAAUCCCCAAUUGCCAGAUCCCCGAAUGUCUAAUCCACGAUUCCCAGAUCCCCGAAUGUCUAAUCCCCGAUUCCCAGAUUUCCGAACGUCGAAUCCCCGAUUCCCAGAUCCCCGAAUGUCAGAUUUCCGAAUGUCUAAUGCCCGAAUGCAAGAUUCCAGAAUGCCAGAUUCCCGGAUUCCAGAUUUCCGGAUGCCAGAAUCCCGAGUACCAGACCCACGACCGGCCAUCCCACCAGGGCCCAGCGCACAUUUCUCUGACCCCUCGUCAAUGUUCCGAAAAGGUCUCAACUCUCAGCCAUCAUUCAAUGAUGUGUCCCCAAGAUUCAGGCAGUCUUCCAGCCCACAGCCCCCUAUCCAGGAACCGCUUGUGGCCAGGAAAGUCAACGAGAGCCCACCAGCACCGAAACCUCGGAGGGUUCAGGCACUGUUCGAUUUCACAGCAGAGGCAGACGACGAGCUGGAGUUUAAGAAUGGAGACAUUAUCGAGGUCUUGGACAGCACAGACCCCUCGUGGUGGAAGGGCUGUUUAUGGGGAAGGGUCGGUUUAUUCCCAAGUAACUACGUGGCACCAAUUAAUCGGUGACAACCUCCACUUGGCCUCUGGAAAGUUGUUGUUUUCUUUCUCACUCCCUACUGUUGUGGUUAAUAAAAUAUUUGUUCUUGAAUUAA